AUGACGCCAUUUCUGAGAGCAAAGCAAAUGCAUGAAUCUGUGGGCGAUGUUGCCAACAGCAAGGCCGACAGCAACGACGAAGAGGAAACGAAGAAGAACACUUACGCUAACGGCGUGAACUGCUACGUAAACGAGGCUCGCUACAAGUUGCGAGAUUGCAGUAUUGAUGGUGCUAAUGACGUAGCAAGUGAGACGUGCUCACAAGUGAGAGAUCACUCCCCAGAAUUGGAACGUAACCCAUCACCUCCCCCUGACCCAUCCGAUGGAGAGGAGGUUAAAGAUACAGAUGCUAUUGGGGACACAGUAUAUAGCAAGCACUGGCUUUUCAGCACAUUGUCUCGUCUCAUUCAGAAGGUCACAAACACUUCAGAUGACUCAGAAGGUCAGAUGCAGCUUACUGACGAUGAGGAUGAUGAUCUGUGUCGAGUUUGGGAUAUGGCUAUGGAUAAGGAUGUGGCUGGUUUCCUGCAGGACUUUAAAGCUCCGCAUAUUCUUCUUGGAGUCAUAGCCAAAUCUUGUAACCCACGUCUGACAGAAAUUUGUGUAGGAAUACUUGGGAACAUGGCUUGCUUUCCUUCUACCUGUCUAACUCUCAGCCAAAAUGAAGACCUAGGAACUGUGCUGUUGCUUUUGUUGGGAGAUACAGAUCCGCCAACACUUCUUGAGACUUGCAGGUUGAUUCUGACUUGUGUCUCUCAAAAUGAUGUCAGUUCUCUUUGGCUUCAGCGAAUUCGACAUCAGACGUCUCUCCGCUCCAACCUACUGUUCAUCAUGUCCAGUUCAACCAACACCGACCUGCUCGAAAAAGUUGGCGAGCUUGUUGAAAAGUUGUUUGACCUUGAUGAGGAGCUGAUGAAAACUUGGAUCACAGUUCGGCCUUGUGAAGAGGGGAAUGAUGGUGGCAGCUGUCUUGAUUUAGCCCCAUGCCUUCUUGAGGCUGCCAUUCAGCUUAGAUCAGAGUAUCCAAAUGGUUUGGAGGUUUACCUUCAUGUCAUGCAACUCUUAACUACAGUAAAUGAAGGCAUUGAAAUGUUUGCUUCAACUGGAGGUCCAGGAAAAGCAGUGUGGGAUUUUGUGAAUGAGGUUGUCUGUGAAGACCUCUGCAAUCCAGAAGAUCUUGCAGUUGUUCUGCAGGAGCGGAAAGGCACUUUGAUACAGGCCUUUUCUGUCUUACGAGCACUAUAUGGAUUCCAGGAAAGGUGGGGCAGCAAAGAUGACACAGGUAUUUCCCUUGUUGGGACCAUUUUGCAGGUGAUACAGUACCAGAGUGAACAGAAGGCUGAAUCCUCCACAAAGGAAGAUGCACAAGAUGAUCAGCUCCUGACCUUAUCAGAUGUCAUAAGCGAAUUUCUGUCAGAAAUAUGUCUUCACAUCUCAAAGGACACAGUAGCAGCCUUAGUAAAAAGAGGUGACCUGACAGAGAUGAGCGUUCUCACAGCUUUUGGCAUUUUACUUCCUAACUAUCCAUCACCAUUUCAGAAUCUGAUGUUCAUGUUGUCCGAAGUUGAUCCUGAUUUGGCUGACAAAGUUAGGAAACGGUUUCCUGUCUGA